UCCAACAACAAGAAGCAGGAGCCAGGCAACAUGGCCGACCUGGGGAAGAAGUACUGCGUUAACUGCCUUGCAGAUGUUACAAACCUGCGGCUUCGCUGCACCGACUGCCCCGAUAUCGAGCUGUGCCCGGAGUGCUUCUCGGCGGGCGCAGAAAUCGGUAAUCACCGGAGAUGGCACGGCUACCAGCAGGUCGACGGCGGUCGGUUCUCUCUCUGGGGUCCCGAGGCAGAGGGAGGAUGGACCAGCAGGGAAGAGCAGUCGCUACUCGAUGCUAUCGAGCAAUAUGGAUUUGGAAACUGGGAGGACAUGGCUGCUCACGUGGGAGCAUCCCGUACUCCUCAGGAAGUCAUGGAACACUAUGUCACCAUGUACAUCCAUGGAAACCUGGGUAAGGCCUGCAUCCCUGACAGCAUUCCUAACCGGGUAACUGACCACACCUGCCCAAGCGGGGGCCCCCUGUCACCCAGCCUCACCACCCCUCUUCCCCCGCUGGAUAUCAGCCUGGCUGAGCAGCAGCAGCUGGGCUACAUGCCGCUACGCGAUGACUAUGAGAUUGAAUAUGACCAGGACGCAGAGAAGCUCAUCAGCGGGCUGUCUGUGAACUAUGACGACGAGGAUGUGGAAAUUGAGAUGAAACGUGCCCACGUGGACAUGUAUGUGCGGAAGCUCCGAGAACGCCAGAGACGUAAGAACAUCGCCCGAGACUACAACCUGGUGCCCGUGUUCCUGGGUCGAGACAAGAAGGACAAGGAGAAGGAGAAACCAGGUGCAGGAGGAAUCUUAGGCGCUGCUGGCGGUGUGGGCGGGGUGGGAGCUGGUGGUGGUGCAAUUGGAUCAGGUUCCACAACAGCAGCAGGAGCAGGUUCUGUUCCAAGUACACCUAAAAGAAAGAUCACCAAGGAAGAGAAGGAGCAGCGGGUCAGGCUGCGGGCUCUCUGCCAGUUCAUGGCCCAUCGGGAGUUUGAAGACUUUUUUGAGAACAUGCAUAAAGAGCGUGUGCUGAGGGCCAAGGUGCGUGAGCUGCAGCGCUACCGCCGCAAUGGCAUCACCCGCCUUGAAGAGUCUGCUGAGUAUGAAGCAGCACGCCACAAACGGGAGAAACGCAAGGAGAACAAAAGCGUGGUGGCCUCCAAACGGAGCAGCGGAGGAGGGGGCGGGCUUGGCUCUGGGAUGGGCCUUGGGGGUGGAGCUGGAGGAGGAGGAGGCAUCGCUGGAGGUUUAGGGGUCGGAGGUGGGAUCAAAGAAGAGGGUAAAGAUGGUGAGUUUGCCGCCAUCGAGAACCUGACGGGCUUCGAACUGCUGUCGGACAGGGAGAAGGUGCUGUGUAACUCUCUCAACCUCAGCCCAGCACGCUACCUGACGGUCAAAACCAUCAUCAUCAAAGAUCACCUGCAGAAAAGGCAAGGCAUCCCGGCCAAGAGCCGACUUCCCAGCUACCUGGACAAAGUCCUCAAGAAGCGCAUUCUGACCUUCCUCACAGAAAGCGGCUGGAUUUCCAGAGACUCCUCUUAGCGAUACAUCUUUGAUCAGGAAGUAAUAUGUUGAUGAUUGCUGAUAGCUAUAAGCUCUACAGGCAGGACAAAACUACUGGCUUUCACCAUUUUUUUUUUCCAGAGGUGACCUUGUGAAUAUGUACAUUGCAAAGAAAGAAGAUACCCCCUGGAAAAAAAAGUAUAUUUUCAUACCAAGGCUAGGAAGAAAAAUAAGCCUUUAUUUUUGCAUUUGGAAAGGGAUGGGGCAGAAUACAGCUCUGUGGGUUCUCAGUACUUCGUGUCCAUAUUGUUACUACAGGAUGAUAGCUGCAGUGCUAACAAGUAUUACAUAGUUGCAGAGAUAUUGUGGUGUUAUUUCAGCAGGUUGAUUGAAGAUGUCUAUGAAAUAUAAAUCCAACGUCACAUUACUGGAAAUGGAAUGUUUGACAGCUUCUGACAGGCGAUCAGAAUGAUCGCCGCUGUGGCUGCAGGUGUUUUUCAGGAUCUCUCUUACCUUACCUUUUCUGUUUUCAUCUGCUUCAUUAGGUGUUUCAUCAGUUCAAGCUGCAUUUGCUAACUUCUCCGCAGGAAGUAGCAGUUUGAAGUUUCUGACAUCAUUUCGCUGUAAUUGUCAUGCAGCUCAAGUAAACUCUCAGUUCUCAGUCCGACCAAUGCAUCAGCAUGAAGCUCAAUCGAUAAGUUGGCCGAUGUGAUAAAUCUGCUGGUAUUAGCUAUUAGCUAACGUGUUGGCCAAUAAAUAAGAAAUGUCAAAGAUAUGUUAAGAAAUAAUGUAGAAACAGUGUUGUCAUUAGGCAGCACCCUCUCCACCUGAGAGCACUGGCAAGUUCAUUUUUCAAAGGCAAACUUUCAACUUGGUUACAAUUCUUUGAGAAGUCAAUUUAAAGGAUGUUCAAAUAAUCUUUUCUGUAAAGAAAAACAAAAAAAAAGUCUGAUUUCUGUCUUAGUCCCUGCUAAAUAAGCAACGAUACAAGUUAAAAACAUCUUUAGACGUUAUUUAUUAAGUGUGUAACUUCAAAUCAGUACCAACAGCCCAGAGAAGAACAGAAAUCACUUACUGUGAAAUAACCACAGCUAAAACUGUGUUUGUGUAGGAUCCCAUCACUCGUAAUAAGAAGCUGAUUAGCUGAUGGGCUUAAAUGAUCCUGAUCAGCCUCUCAACUCCUUUAUAUCAUUUAAUCCUUUUAGUUUGUCUGAAUUUUUUUGGAGCUCCACUUUGUGAAUUUGGCCCAAGAAACAUCUACUGGAGCUUAGCACAGGUUUUAAAUGUUCCACUGGGUAUGAUACAGAUAAAAAAAAAGCUGAAUGUGUAAGGACAUUAGCCAAUGAUGCUCAAAUGCUUAAGCAUAGAUCCUAGAUUUUUUCUUUUUUUUUAAAUAUAAGUGUGAAUGCAUGGUGGGGUAAUAUUACACUCCGUGUACAUUUAAAUAGCGGUGUUGCACACAGCUUCCCAGAUGGUCUGUCAGGCAGAUGUUACCUGCCCUGCUCCUUGGGAGCCUGUCUUUAGCCUGUCAAAGGGUAACUUCACUUUGUCUUGAAGGCUGAACCAUAGCAGUGCGUUCUCUUUUCUUUUUUUUUUUUUUUUUUUCCUUUGCAGGCCGUGCUGAGUGACGCUUAUCGUGCUAUUUAAAUGUAAAUGAAGCUAUUGAAUCGGCUGUCAUUUCACAGCAGGGGCGUUAAAAUUCAAGAGAAGAAAGGCGGUGAAUGUGUAAAUGUUACCUGAGCUGGGAUACGUGCUACACUCAUAUAUUGGUUUCUCCUUUGCUGCCUUUUGGAAUAUAGGCCUUUCUUUGAGAGAAAGUGCAAGUCAUGAAUGGCAUUAGUUCUGAAGUGGUGGGCAUUACCUUAAUAAUGGAUCCUUGCCUUUUUUUUUUUUGCGGCCUUGGAAGGGGAGUGGCCUCUUCUACCUUCUUCAUUCACCUAAGAACAUGAGGUUCUGCCCAGAGUUUGUGGAUCAGCUGCGGCGGGUGUUAAUAUGCUUUUAUAGUCAUAAAUCAGUCAUACUUCAUCAGUGUGAUGCUCUAAACCAUGUAACGUUUUAGUCUAACGCGACAGCUGAUUUCAAAGAAUAACUGUGGGUUUGGGUCAGAGUAUUAAGGGAUGGAUAAGCCUUCUGUUUACUCGAGGUUUGUUGACACUGAGAAAAAUAUUCCCUUGUCCUCCAAUGAUUAACUUCGCAGUGGAAUUCAGCUUGUGUGGUGUUUCUUGACUCUUGACCUUAGUGUUACACGAUUUUGAGAACCACACCACUAAAGUAUGUGAAAAACACAAUAGAUUGAC